ACCAAGGAAACAAGCAAAGCUCUGGGCUGCAGCGAUUGGCAGUUGAAGGGAUGGCGGCUCCACCUUCUCACCUGGACUUUCAAAAGUCUCAGAAAAUAGACUUGACAAAGCAGGACGGAGCUGCAAGAAUCAUUCAGAGGGCCUGGAGAACUUUCCUUAAUGUCUCAGUAUUCCAGCACUUUAAAAGCCUGAUUGAUUUGAGAAAACAGGGGGAGCCCCGUCAGAUAGUGAAAUACAUUGAUCCUAGAGAGGCAGAAUUUCUAGAUGCUGCUGCCGGGGUCCAUGUGCGCUUCAGAUUAGGGGGAGCUAAGUUUCCACCUGAUAUAUACUAUAAAAUUUUUACUCACAGACAUAUUGAAGAUUUGUGUGCUAACAGCCCUAGAGAUUACACAAAGCUCCCAGCGAAACACACAUCUCAUAAUAAAGACGAUCCUCCUCCGGAAGAGGACCACGGUGGCUGGUAUCGUCGCGUAGAAAACAACGGCUGGCGGCCCGUGUCUGACAGGUUUUGGAUGCCAACAGACAGUGAAGUGGUAGAAACCAAACAGGAAAGUGAAUUCCAUUUCUCUAAACUGAAGAGAAGGCAAGAUUUGGAAAGAAAAAGAAAAAUUAGAAAAAUAGAGUGGAUGAAACAAAUGUACUACGCGGGCAGCCUGGAGGCCAAGUCAACUCAUUACGAAACUCUGGGUUUAAUUCAUACAGCAACGAAAGGGCUCAUCAGAACCAUGGAAGGUGGUGGGAUCGAUUCCGUGAUGGAAUGGGAAGUGGAUGAAGUGCUGAACUGGACGAACACCCUCAACUUUGACGAGUAUAUUGCCAACUGGAAGCAAAUUGCUACAAGCAACUCCUCAGUUAACUUCAAAGGUUUCAGUUUUGAGCAAGCAAAGAACAAUACGUAUGACUACAAAGAUGAGUCAGAGGCACAAACAGGAGCACCAUAUGAUAUGUUAUAUGACAAUGUUUAUAAAAAACCACACUCUACUAGAUUAACCCCCGACUCCACUUAUGGAAUGUAAACAUAGUGUACUUUUAUUUUCUCAGCUCUGGCCCUUCGAGCCCUGCAUUUAUCAGCGGGAGCUAAGAGACAGCUCAUUCUGACAAGAGUAACUUGUGUAUGUAUUCUUGUCACAGAUUCUAGCCCAGUUAAAUCAGGAAGAGUGAACAGAAAUAGAAUGUGAGCCCGAAUACAGUGGUCAUGGAAAAAUAGAGAAAUUAUUCUUGAUAUUGAGAAACUGUAGUAGUCUAACAAUCACACUUAAAUAAAGAUACUACCUUUAAAUGUU